AAUGAGGCGCAUUCCGCUCUAUCGUAACCUUGAUAAAGCUGCUGUAUCACCCGCGCGGCCGUCUGUCAGUGAUGUAAUGGCGCAGGAAAGUCAAAAAGCGUACAAGUGACGCCUGGCAUCAAAAUAAAAUUAGCCAUCAGCAAUCGAUUCUCAACAUGUCUGCGGAAUGUUCUGACGCGUCCACCGACCCGAGGCUACUGCAGUAUCGGGACCUGUUUUGUCGAAUAUGCCUCCAGUACAGCAAAGGGGCGCUGAUCCCGAUUGGGGCGGAGAUAAAGAAAACCACCCUGCUGGAUAUGUUUAUACAGCUCACCACAUUUGAGCUGGAUCACAAUGACGCGUUUCCAAGGUUCAUGUGCGAGCAGUGCGUCAGCAAGCUGACGCUGGCGUACAGCAUCCGGGAGGAGUUCAUCUCGCAGACCGAUCUGCUGCUGAAGCUGGUGGUGCAGAAGCAAAUCAUUAAGUACUACGAGCAAUUUCCGCUGGAACCGAAGGUUCAGGCACCGCCCAAGGUAAUACAGCCGAGCGUCCAUGCACCAUUCCGGGAGCUAAAGCCCACCCGGGUGGCGAAGCCAACCGGCAGAGUGCCGGUGGUGAAACCGCAGCAGAUGUUAAUUCAGGAAAGCAUCAAAGAUGAAACAGUAGAGGAAUUGGAUGUAGAUGAGGAGGUAAUUCAGGAGGAAAUCCUCAACGACACCACCAACACCGUGCCGCUGGACGAGACCAGUCUGGUUGAUUUCAAAGACGACUGGGAUUCGUCCAGCACGGCCACCUCGCUCGAUGAGGAUGACUGGAGCUACACGCUCAACCCGAUCACGCCCCAGAAGCUGGAGGAGCUGAAUGCGGCCCGGCCCGUGCGGAUGAAGAACCCGAGCUGCUCGCGCAAGCGCCCGAAACCGGCGGAGGAGAAACAGGACAAGAAGGAGCGGAAAAACCAAUACUCCACCACCACCUGCUACAUCUGUGAUACGCACCACGAGUCGAUCGCGCAGCGGGACGACCACUUCCGCAACCACAUCCACAUGCUGCCGUACGAGUGUACGGAGUGUUUGGCCGAUCCGCCCCCGGAGGACGCCGAUUCGCCGCGGAAGGAGCAGCCAGCGGCGGAACAUCCCACCCACAUCGUGCUGCGCAGCGUCAUCCAGCUGAACAGCCACAUGAUGAUGCACGGCUUUCCGCACAAGUGUGAGCACUGCUACCGGCGCUUCACGACCGUGUAUCUGCUGAAUCACCACCUGUGGAACUACCACCAGCACUCGAAGGAGGGGCUGACGUGCGAGUGGUGCGGCAAGCGGUACUACUCGCGGCGCCCGUUCCAGGAGCAUGUGCGGCGCCACAAGCACUCCGUCACGGAGCGCUUCAAGUGCACGACGUGCGGCCGUGCGUUCGGCUCGAACGCGCUGCUGCGCCGCCACGAGAUGGUGCACACGGGCGAGCGCAGCCACAAGUGCACCUACUGUCCGCGCCUGUUCAGUCGCCGGUGCAAUCUGCUCGACCAUCUGCGGCUGCACACGGGCGAACGGUGCCACAAGUGCAGCGAGUGUCCGCAAUCGUUCAACACGAAAUCGUCGCUCGAGAAGCACCAGCGCAACUAUCACAGCGAUCUGGCGGUGGUGCCGCCGCGGGGCGACCGCAACAUCUACACGCUCCAGUCGGACGGGUCGCGGCUGUACCGGUGCAAGCACGAGGGUUGCACGUUCACCAGCACCUCGAGCACGACGAUGACGCAGCACCGGUUGCGCCACAACAAGCCGUGCGUUUGCGAGGAGUGCGGCCAGCGCUUCGUCUCGCCCAAGUACGUGCGCAAGCACAUGAACCUGAUGCAUUCCGGCAAGCCGCGCAAACCGCAGGGCAAGGGCAGCGCCGGCGGUGGUACGGCGGCGAAGAAGGUGAAGGAGGAAAUUUCCGACACGGGCAGCGCCACCAUCCUGCCCGCGGACAACACAACGGAGCUGAUCAGUGCGGACGAAUCGCUGCUGGAAACGAAGCUGGAGGAGGAGGAGGAGAUACAGCCGGACGAUGAGGCGUGGGUCAAGAUGAAGGACGGCAUAAUACGCACCGAGUGGAACGCGGGUGACCUGAACGUGGUGCGCGAGUACGUCGUCGAGUUUGUGGAGGAUUCGAAGGAGAUUGAAAAUGCUGCUACCACGUCCUGUCCAAUGGAGUCGUACUCGACCGCACCGCAAACGGCCGUCCUGCAACGCUUCUGCCGAUUGUGCAUGCGAGAGUUCCCGUUUCUGCUGCCGUUCAAUGCUACGCUCAAAGAAAUUGCGCUAGCCGACAUGCUGGAACGACUGCUGGGUUCUUUUAAGCUAAAGCAAGCGCCCAAUCUGCCGAACGGCGUCUGCUCGCACUGUGUCGCGAAGCUAGACUACGCGUACCACGUACAGAAGGAGCUGGUGCGGAACGAGCAGCGCUUGCGGCAUUUCCAGCAGGAGGGAAAUUUGUUGCAGAAAUUGUUUGAAUAUCAAGCUAACAUUACAGUGACCAAAGAAGAUGGUGGCGGCGAUCGAAUGGUGGCAGGGUAUGGCAGUGGACUGCUGCCGGAGACGAUCCAGCUCGAUCCGAAGCAGGACGUACCGGAUAUGGCCGAUGCGGAGCAGCGCGCAGCAGCGGCGUACAAAACGUUGGUACCGCCGGGCGGCUGGGCUGUAAUGGAGUGCGAUUAUCCGGAGAAAUCGAUGGCCGCAUCCACCCGGCGAGCUCCGCGGUCCAUGAAACCCGCGCGUCCGGAGCAGCGAACUUUGCGUAAUCGCCACGUGCUCCGGCAAGCAAUUGAUGCAGAAAAUCCAACCGCUUUAAACGCAACCGCUAUUGAUCCCUGUAAAUGCUACAUAUGUAAUACCUUACUGGAGUCGGAGGAAGACUGUCGGGCUCAUUUGGCCGUGCAUGUGGACAUGUUGCCGCAUGUUUGCCCCGAGUGUAGCACGCCGCAUGCGCCGGAGGAGGAUGACGACGCGCCGAGUAACCCAAUCACCUCGCUGGCAAUGUUACAGCGCCACUACCGCAUGCACUCCUACCCACUGAAAUGUCCGCACUGUCCGCAACGGUUCCGGAAACACACGUCCGUCUACACGCAUGUGCGCUAUCGGCACGAAAUGUUCGACAAUCCGGAGGGUUUCACGUGUGACGUGUGCGGCGUAACGAUGCAGUACCGUCCCUCCUUCAUGUACCACAUGCGCAUCCACUACCACGAACAGAUGGGCACGUUCCGGUGCCAGUACUGUGAUCGUGUGUUUGGAACACGGGCCCGCCUAGAGCGUCAUGAACGGGCGCACACGGGCGAGCGGCCGUUCGCUUGCCAUCUGUGCCCGAAAACGUUUGUGCACGCGGGCCAGCUGGCAACGCACAUCGCGCGGCACAAUAACGAGCGCGGCCACCGGUGCUCGCAGUGCGGCAAAGCGUUCUUUAGCAAAGCGAUGCUGCGGCAGCACCUGGAAACGCACGAAACGCACGAAACGCGCAAAACGAGCAACGCGGCGAAAGUGCGCCAACGGCCCUGCGCGUAUGCGGGCUGUACGCAUGUGGCGCGCACGUAUCAGGCGUACUACAUGCACCGGCUGCGGCACGAGAUGGCGCAUCGGUGUGAGGAGUGUGGCCGGCGGUUUGCGCGAGCGUGCGAGCUGAGACGGCACCGGCGCAUCUAUCACUCAGCGGAACAUCCGUUCCGGUGUGAGCCGUGCGGCAAAACGUUCCUUAGCUCGCAGAGCUACCGCGAGCACAUGGACUCGCACGCCAAUGUGCGUCGGUUCGAGUGCGAAGUGUGCGACAAAAAGUUUGUGCGCCGACGCAACCUGGUCAACCAUCGGAUGUCGCACACGAACCAGCGGCCGUAUCGGUGCGAGUAUUGCGACAGUACCACGUUCAAGUAUAAAAGCGACUUGAACCGGCACCGGAAAGACAAGCAUGGACAGGCGGAGCACGGCGAGCAGACGUCGGCGUUGGCGCAAGAGGACGAAGACGAAGCGGACGGGGAAAAGAUUGUGUUGAUGAAUGCGGACGAUCCCAUCAUGGAUGUAAUACUGGAGGAAAGUGCUCCGCAGGGCAUACUGAUCAACGAGAACAUUGAGCUGGACGGGACAUACGGGGAGGAAAUUGAAACGGUCGAAGAGUCGAUCGUGGUUGAGCAGCCGAUCGUUAGCAUCGGUAUCGAUGAGGUGACCAAGGAGGAGUACAUAAUAGAGUACAUAAACCAUGUCACGUCCGACGCGUUUUGUCGAAUAUGUUUGCUGAAGCGGCCCCACCUGAAGUCGCUGAUGGAGCGGGUCGAUGGCGUGAUGAUACCGGAAAUGCUGUACAAAGUGUGCGGCCGCCAGAUCGAGGUGCAGGAGGGCUACCCGCGCAGCAUCUGCCAACGGUGUCUGUGCCAGUUGGACUGUGCGUUUAAAUUUUUGAACGAGUUCCACCAGCAGGACGAACGUUUGCGCAGCUUUUACUGGAGCGGUUCCGUGGUGAAACGACUGCAGGAAUACCAGAAGGAAGGGAGUGAAACGGUGGAAAAACGGUUUGCCGAACUGGUCACUCGUAAUGCGAAAAUGCUGAGCCCGCCAACUAAGCACAUGUGCCACCGGGAGACGAACACCAGCCAGCGCCCCAAGAUGGUCGAUGCUGGUACGCUGACGGACAAGGAGGCGGUGGUGGAUCUAGCGCUGGUCAAAACGGAGGACGGAAGCGUAGUGUCCGACGAUUUGGUGCUGGAGGACGAGGAAGGAGUGUAUCUCGAGUAUGCAGACGAUUUCGAAGCAUCCAUCAAGGACGAGCAGCUGGUGUCGAUGAAGAUCGAUGUGCUGGAAUCGGGGGACGAGGCGGAAUCGUACGCCGAACCCAAGGAGCGCAGGAAGCGAGCGCCACAAACGGCCACCAAAAGCACCCCGUCUGCGCGUUGGUCGACUCGGACAAGCCUACCUUUGCCGGCGAAGAAGCAGGAAGACAGCGAUACGGAUGAUCCGGCUACGGAGGAAGAUUUCAAGGAGCUGUUCGAGGAAACCGUGCCAGAGAUGGACGAGGAUGAGGAGGACGAUGAUUUUGAGGAGGAGGAUGAGGAGGACGAGGAGGAGGAAGAGGAAGAUGACGAGGCUGAGGAGGGGAAGCACAUUGUGGAGGAGCAGGGAAAAGAGACGGAACCGUUGCAUCUCGAUCCGCUGCGCUGCUACAUCUGCGACCGAAGCGAGGAAUCGAAAGCGAUGCUGGAGCAACAUCUCGAUAUGCACAGCCUGAUGCUGCCGUACGAAUGUAGAAUUUGCCAGGUGGAGGGUGGACCCGCCCGCACGCUCAAAACCAUCUCCUCCCUGCAGAACCAUUUCCGCUCGCACCACUACCCGUUCGGGUGCGGCACUUGCGGCAAGCGGUUCCUGCGCAAAGCGCAACUGAUGACGCACAUGGACAGCCACAACGAGGAGCACCUGGAGUGUGACGAGUGCGGGCGACAGUUUUCGCACCGGAAAACGUGGCAGAACCACCUGAAGCGCCACGUGGCCGUGCGCACUGGCGCGUUCAAGUGCGGCACCUGCGGCCGGGCGUUCGGCAACCGGGCCCGGUUGGAUCGGCACGUGCGCUCGCACACCGGCGAACGGCCGUUCGGAUGCAAGUACUGCGAGAAGCGGUUCUACGAUCGCCACCAGCAGCAGCGCCACACCGAGCGGCACUUCCGCGACCAGGAGUGCAGCUGCGAGAUUUGUGGCGAAACGUUCCCGGGCGCCAAGAAGCGUGACGAACACAAGAUCGAGCAGCAUCUGAGCGGCCCGGAGCUGGAGGCGUUUUUGGCGCGCAAAUCCAGACAGCGGUCGUACAAGAAGCCGGCCAAGCUGAAGGAAAAGGAGUGCCCGUUCGCGGGGUGCGAUUACGUUGCCAACACGUACGGCGCGAUGUACGUGCACAAGCGCACCAAGCAUCAGCCGGUGCACAAGUGCGAGCUGUGCAACAAAUCGUACGCCUUCCUCAACCAGCUGAGGGUGCACAUGGCGCUGCACACGGGCGAGAAACCGUUCCAGUGUGAGAUUUGCGGACGCAGCUUCCGCCGCGGGUUCAGCUACAAGGAGCACAUGGAGAUGCACAACCCGGAGGCGAGCUACAACUGUCCGACGUGCAACAAAAGCUUCAAGCGGCCCCGGUACCUGCAGGCGCACGUGCUGACCCACACCUCGGUGCGCAAGUUUUCGUGCGAAAUCUGUGGCAGCUGCUACAAGACGAACGGAGAGCUGAAGAAGCACACCAAGAACAAGCACGGGCUGGACAUUGUGGAGGAGGAGGUGCGCGAGAUAGUCAUCGAUGCGGACGAUACGGAUAUAUCGUCGUUCGUUGUGGAGUACGUUUGAACGCGUUCGUGAGUGAAGCUAUAUAUUAGGUCCUUGUGCGCUCUUUUAUUUGGAAUGGAAUCCAAAAUAAUCCCAAAAAAUGCUUAAACUAAUUACUCUUGUACGCGAUGUACAUAUUAUGCUUGUAUUCAGUCGGUUUUUGACUUUGCCGGCCAGAUUAUAGGCAUACUAAACGGAGGAAGUUCCGGAUGCGAACCAAAUCGCGUCCGAUCUCCACAAACACAUAACCAUGUACGAAUGCUAUAUGAAUAGGUGACAUAUACGUAUGUCUUUGAAAUGAUUUAGAAUAGGACUCGAUACAAAUGAAUAAAAAAUAUAUUAAAAUAAACGUAUGAAUAUGAUCAGAACACUGUUUGCCUAUUAAAGGAAAAUCUUCAACAGUCUGACUUUUGAAAUCGAGCUACACUUCUACUGUAACCAAAAAAUUAAUUCUAACAAGAGAAUGUUUUCGAUUUUC